UUUCUCUCACGCACCCCUUUGAAAUAUUCUUCUUCUCUUAUACCUUUUGGAUUCGUCUUCUUCUUCGAUUUUGAGUUUGAUUUCUAAUUUUGGAUCCAGAGGGUUUAUCAUCUGAAUGAUUCUGAAAUGUUUUAUUGAACAUAUUGCUUCAUCGGAAAGGGUAACUGCAAUGAACUCUGUAUCUGUCACCCUCUCAUUUCAUGUAGCUUCAGACUGCUCUUCCAUAAAUCAAUGUCGGAUAAAUGUUAAGUGUUCGAUUUCUUGUAUGCGGGUCUGUAGGCAAGCAAUGCACGAAUUGUGGAUGCCUGUGACUGAUACAUAGUUCUAGAUUUUUAUUUAUUGUUCUGCUAGAGAUAGAGGUAGUCAGUAUUGUUAUUUUCAAGGAUUUGGUAGUUUGUAGGGAGUUUCUAGAUAAGUAGGGAUUUGGAAACUCACAUCUCAGAAGUGACCAUAAACCCUUUUACUUGAUAAAUUUCAUUGAGCAUUAGUUAUGGGUCUGCCACAGACUGCUUCAAGUGAACAGUCCCAGGAAGCUUUGUCUGCUCCAAGUUGUAGCCUUUCGCAAAGUCUGCCUGUGUAUGCCACUUCCCAUGAUUCAGAUGGAGGAAGCGAGGGAGGCAUCUGCUCUUCCAUUGGAGAAUUUGAUAGAAAAACAUCAUUGGAGCCUUUCCAUGGCACUUGUGUUGUUACCUCGUCAAGUGCUCAUGGAUCGACUAGUUAUGCUGCAGGUAAGGUUGGUUCGAGUCUAACUGGAGCUAGGAGAAUAGUUGGUUUUGCAUCAAGCGAAACUAGCUCACUGGACAACAAACAAACGAGUGUCGCUGUUGAUCACUCUCUAUCAUCCACUGGUGGAGUUACAGGAGUAGAUAUUGGUGGAGCGUUAGUCAGGAAACGAGUACUCUCCCCGUUGAAUACUCUUUUCCCUGUAAAAUUCAGAGGUGACCUGCUUGAUAUCAGCUGUGGUAACCAUCAACAAAUUACUUAUUCUGGUCAGUCUAAUGGAUUCUGCAAGUCUGUCGCACAAGAUCACAAUAAGGCUAAUACCCCUAGUAGGUUACAUCUCUCUACCACUCCUACUACCAUAACCACAUCUAGUUGCUGGGAGUGGAAGAAUGCCUCAAACAGUGGUAGACUCUCGUCCAUGGUCUUCACUGAUGGUCCAUUGCUUGACUCUGUAGAUCUCCGCCGACCCAUCAAAGGUGAGGUUUGCUUAUAUUCCCCACUACAUGAAACGUCUAGCAUACCCAAUAAGCCCUUACCUUGUGAUAAGGAAAUAUCUGUGUCUCCACCGCUUUGUCUGUCACCACUUGGUCCGAAGUUUUCUGAGACAAUAAAAGCUGUAAGAAGUUGCCAAAAUGGGAAGAUACUGGAAGAUUUAAGGAAUAUCAGUGAAGAAGCAGAAUUAAGAGUCGAUCGUAGAUUGUUUGAUGAUGCAUAUGCCAUUAGGAGAGAAUUUUCGAUGGAGAGAAGUACUGAAUCAGCUCCUGCAUCUCCAUGUAAGAGGUUCAUUAGAAGCUUGAGUGGUCGCCCCAUUCAGAGGUCAUUGGUUGGUUCUUUUGAGGAGUCACUCUUGACAGGACGAUUGUCAUGCGGGCCAACAAAUCAGAAGAUUGACGGCUUCCUUGCCGUUCUUAGUAUUGCUGGGGGAAACAUCUCUCCAAAAUCACAGAAGCUUCCAUUUUCAGUAACUAGUGCUGGUGAUGAUUGCCUCUUGCUAUACUAUGCCUCCAUAGAUCUCGCUGGAGGAUCUAAAUUGAACAAAUUCUGGGGCCAGAAAAUGAAAACAAGUCAAAUGAACUCUGAUGCUCAGAGUUCGAAGAGCCAACUGCGGAUCCCCAUGAAGGGUCGGAUUCAACUGGUUCUUAGUAACCCUGAGAAAACACCUCUUCACACCUUCCUCUGUAACUAUGACUUGACUGAUAUGCCAGCCGGUACAAAGACAUUCUUGCGCCAGAAGGUUACUCUGGGAUCAUCUAAUCCAACUAGUGAAGCAAUGCAAGAGAACACUAGAAAAUCCAAAAACUUGGAAAAAGAAAAUUCUAAACAGGGGGACAAAGAAAGUUGUGAAGGAUCUGAUAUAGUAGAUUCAGUGGAAGGAGAUGAGAAAUUUGAUGAGUUACAUGAAAGUGAAAAAAGCUGUUUAAACACGUCCAAAGAAUGUAACGGUGGUUCUGGUGCUCUACGCUAUGCUCUUCAUCUGAGAUUUCUUUGCCCGUUACCGAAGAAAGCUUCAAAGAAAUCUGACGAAACUGAAACCACAGGGCAAAAGAAAAACUUGGAUUCAGAUGGGAAGAGGAGAUUCUAUCUGUACAACGACUUAAGAGUCGUGUUUCCUCAGCGCCACACAGAUUCUGAUGAAGGAAAGUUGAAUGUGGAGUACCAUUACCCUGGAAACCCAAGAUACUUCGACAUCACCGAGUGAGAACUGAACUGGUUCAGCUUCAUGGUUACACAAGCUCAAUGGUUUUCUUGUUCAAGAAGAAAUCAGUGGACUUUUUUUGUACAUACAAAUUUAUAGUCACAAAUCACAAUGGCUCUGACCCACUUUGUACAGUUUACCAUUUCGGGGUUCUCUUUUUCCAAGAAAUAAAACGGGAAAAAACCCGAAAAAUACCUCAUCUAUUUUUUA